AUGCCGUUUGAGUACCUAGACACCGAACCAAAGACCAGAGCCUAUAUCUCUCCGCGGAAAGAGUUCCUGUCGUCGUCGAACGAUAUCCUUAUAAUGAUACCGGGAAAUCCUGGCCUUGUUGGAUAUUAUGUCACCUAUCUUGACUAUGUUCAACGUGCACUCCCCCAAUUUGAAGUUUUUGGAUUGGAUUACUUGGGAUUCACUAAGCAAAACACAAAACAGCAACAUAUUUUCAAAGUUGAGGAGCAAAUCAACCACAAAUAUGUGGUAAUCAAGGAUAAAAUCAAACAACAGCCUAAUAAACCCAACUUGUAUUUUUUAUCUCAUUCCUUGGGAGGAUUUGUUACCCAAAGGACGAUAAAGAAGCUUUUGGAAGAUGAAGAGUUAAAAGACAAGUUUGAAAUAAAGUUUAAUGGAAUGAUUACACCAACAACAAAUGAUAUCGCCGGGUCUGAAUCAGGCACAAAGAUGGUUAGAUUGAACAACUCUAAAUUGCCAAUAGUUGGCAUGGCAAUGACUUUUAGCUCUUUGUGUUCAUACAUUCCUGAAUCAGUGCAAAGGUACAUUUUAACCCAUCAUUGGACAGCACCAAAACAAGUGAUUGAAGAAGGGUCAGAUCAUGAAAAUGUUGGGUUGGAACAUUCAUUACAAACAACAAUGGAACUCAUCAACACACCCAGCCUUGUCAACCAAGCAUUGAACAUGGCAAGGGACGAAUUGGAUGCGAUUUCAAAGCUGGAUGAAGUCAAUGACUGGAUAUAUGUCGAUAAUCAAUAUUCUUUUAAAAAUUGGUGUUUCUUUGCUCAACUGGAUCAUUGGGUUUCUAAUGAAACUAGGGAUCAUUUGAUUUCGAAAUAUGGUCAACUGAAUCCCAAAAGGAAUAGGUUUGAAAUUUGUGAAAAUGUUGAGAAUCCAAUCAAGCACGCAUUUGUGUUGAAUCAAAGUAAAGAAUUUGCUGAGAUUACAAUUGAUAGAAUUAAACAAGCAGAGAAUUGUUGGGUUAAAUCAGGAUAG